AUGCGACAGUUUGGCGACUCGGACGAGUCUGCCUCCGACCUCGACGACGAUACCUCCGGACUCCCCUUCCCUGAGCCAUUGUCCCGUUCCUCCUUUCUCGCCCCCGACUUCGACCCCGCAAAGUACCUGUCCUCCCUGACAAAUCGACACCAGAGCCUGGAAGACCUUCGGCAGGAAUUACGCGACUUGGACCAGCUGCUGAGUCGGGAGUUACUGGAUCUGGUGAAUGAGAAUUACCAGGAUUUCUUGUCGCUUGGGAUUGCACUGCAAGGAGGGGAAGAGAAGGUAGAGCAAGUCCGAGUUGGACUGUUGGCAUUCCGACGGGAUGUCCAGUCCAUCCGCGAUAAGGUUGACGCCCGAUAUCAAGAGGCAGAGCAACUGGUGGAAGAGAAGAAGCGCCUACGGAAGAAUGCAAAUAUCGGGAGGGCUUUGUUGGAUUACGCCGAUCGGGUUGACGAACUGGAAAGAAAAUUGAUGAUUGGAGACACCACACCUGCCCGCCAAGGCGACCAUGCUAAGGACCUCGAUACAGACUCCGAUCUACUGGACAGCGAAAGCGAAGAGAGCGGAGAUGAAGAAAUCCCGAACGACGCAUCAGCCACGCCUCUGGUAUCACUGAAGAGGCUCGAACAUCACAUUCAAAAAUACGUCUAUCUGACAAGACUGUCGUCGCGGAUAGGCGCCGAUCAUCCGUUCUUGGUCAGUCAACAGUCGCGACUGUCGAAGAUCAGAUCUGCAAUACUCUUGGACCUUAAAACUGCGCUCGAACAGGCGAAGAUCGCGGGCGAAAAACGGGAUACAAAAACGCUGGCCGUAUUGCGUCUCUACAAACUCAUGGGGGAGGACACCAGUGCAGUAUCUGCACUGAAGAAUCUGAAAACAUAG